CAGGAGGGAGGAGAGUGGUGGGAAGAGGGGAAGGCACUGCCUGCCAGUGGCCGCUCUGUCACCAGCACCGACGGCCACCGCGGACCCGCCGGGGAGGUGAGGGAGGGGCACGAUGAACAUCGAAGUGCACAACAUCACUUACACCAGCGCCACGGUCUCCUGGGCCAUGAACAACCCCUGUCCAGAGAACUACUACCACGUCAUGUACCGCCCCAACUGGAACAGCGUCUUUGCCGGAUAUUUACGCCAGAACUUCCACCGCGAGGAGCGAGUCCCUCACCCCCUCAGCUCCCUUGUCCUCCACCGACUCACACCAUCCACCAUCUACGUCCUCUGCAUCACAUGCAAAAACUCUUACCCCUCCAGCAACCACUGCACCACCUUCCACACUCUGGACAAAAUCCCCCUGGUUUUUGGUGGCUCUAAGCACGAACCCACCACCUCCAUGUGGAUGGUGAGCAGCCUGCUGCUCCUCUGCUUCCUCGCUCUCCUGGCCUACGGCUGCCUGCAGUUCUGGUCUGCACGGUGCCACCAGGCUGCCAGGCUGAAGCAUCCCGACACCAGCCCUGAAGAAGUGGUCGAAGGAAGCAGCUCACCAGAGGAGCCACUGAAUGAUGAACUGAGGGAGGAGCUUCUGGAGGUCCCCAUGACCACUGUGCUGAUGAGGAGCUCCAGUUUCAUGAGGGAGAGUCCAUAUAGCUCCCCUCACUGCUUUUUUUCCUAUAAAAGCAGUGAUGAUAAAAGGGCCAUCUUGCCACAGCAUGGCCUUCAAUGAGAGCAAAAUAAAACAAGAUCCUACUUAGAGGUUUGGUUCAUCCUCUCUUUCCCAGCUCUUGCCAAGAGAACUGUCUGUGUAUCCAAGGCAGGUGUCUGUCCCAGGCUAGAACACAAGGCACAGACUGGUUGCAGGGAGAAACCAGUGCACAAACACUGGUUGCAGGGAGAAAGAUUUUUGUCAAUUGCUGAGAAUUUUUAAAAAGAAUCCAAGUCAGCUCUCUGGGAACAGCCAGGUUUGACGGACUGUAGUGUCAUUAAUUCAUCUGCAUCAGUAAGGUAGGUUCACUUCAGAGUCAUCUAUCAAUGUGCACAAGAAAUAAACUCCACUGGAGUAGUUUCACACUUGAGUGAUCCUCCACUAGUAUCACAUCCCAAGCCCUCAUAGUGCCUGUAUAAACAAUCAUUGCAGCCUGAGAAAAGAGCUUUUUGUCAGUAUUAAGUAGUUUAUAUUUGCAUACUCAAGUAUUUUAGUAAUUCCUAUUUUGAACUACAAAUGAGAUUCCUGAAAUGGUACCUUCCUUGGGAAGGAACACUGCAUUGGAGCACCAACGUGCUCACCUCUCUGUGCAUUUAGAUGGAUGUGACUCAGUCUCAGUGCCAACACCAAGCAAGCACAGAGCUGUUUUGGCAUCUCUUAACAUGGGCGUGUUACGGGGAAGAAUACGGGAAAGCAAUAGCAACAGCACACUGAAUCUGCUUCUUGCAUGGCCUUUUGGUUUCAAACAACAGUGUGACCCUGCACAUUUGCACCCACCAUUCUGUUAUUGAACUAGUUCUUGCAUUUCUUUCUUCAUAAAUAAAUAUUUCCAGCAUCCACC